GCACGAAGGGCCUAUAUAUACAGUACAACAAUAGACGCUACUCAUCGAUUCUCUAGUCCCCAAGAUGCUCAUCGAAGUCCUGUUGUUCUCUUUCGCCUUUGCCAAAAGGUGGGGCGGAAUUUCUGUAGUACUCGCACAGUCAGCUACGGGAACGAGCGCUUCAGUAUCAUUCAGCAUUACCAGUACACUGGGUCCCACAAGUAUCCCCACGGCCACUGCUAGCUUUCCUCCAAUCGGAUCGAUUGCCCGUGAUUACACACCGGAAGGACUGGAACAACUUUGGGACCUCAUCGGACCUGUCGAGCCGCCUCCGUUCACCACCACCCGCGUUCCCACCGCAGCGGUCACCCUGCCGCCCUCUCCCCCGCCUUUGUAUCCAUCCUUCUACGCUCCUGCGCCGAAGGAUGUCUUACCAGACUUGAAAUUCCCCAAUGGAUUCAUAUUCGGAGUCGACACGGCCGCGUACCAAGUCGAGGGCGCCACAAAGAAUGAAGGCAAGGGUCCGACAAUGUGGGACUGGGCUUCCAGACAACCGGGCGGUGUAGCGGACAACACAACUGGGGAUGUCGUCGAUCUUCACUACUUCCUCUACAAAGAAGACGUUCAACGCACCGUUGCUCUUGGUGUGACUGCGCAUUCUUUCUCCAUCUCGUGGGCGAGGAUCUACCCGUUUGGCGCCGCUGGUUCUCCCGUUAACACCGCUGGCAUUGAUCACUAUUCCGAUGUCAUUAAUUACCAUUGGGCGAAUAAUCUGGAGCCUGUCGUAACAUUGUUCCAUUGGGAUACGCCUCUCGCCCUUCAGGCUUACUACGGGGCUUUUACAUCACCGCAAAUAGUCGACGACUUUGUAAACUAUGCCAAGACCGUAUUCAACGCAUACAACGGUCGUGUUAAAACUUGGUAUACUUUCAAUGAACCCCGUGUUUUUUGUGCCCAAGUCGGGUCCUAUCCUUUCAAUACUACGCUCGCCCCUGGUGUAAACUCGUCUUCCGCCCCUUACCAGUGUACAUACAAUCUAUUAAAGGCCCACGCAGGAGCCGUUAAAGCCUUUCGCGCAAUGAACAUAUCGGGAGAGAUAGCCUUCAAAAAUGACGAUUUCAUAGGCACACCAUGGAGAAGCAACUCAAGCGAGGAUGCCCUUGCGGUCGAACGUCAUGCAGCCUUCCAAAUAGGUAUCUUCUCAAACCCUGUAUACACAACAGGUGAUUGGCCCGACAUUGUCAAAGACACCCUCCCGGCCGAGUAUCUCCCGCGCUUCACCGACCAGGAGAAGAGUGAUAUCCUUGGCUCUGCCGAUUUCUACGCUAUUGAUGCUUAUCGCUCUCAAUGGGUGAAGGCUCCGGACGAAGGAAUCGAUGCUUGCGUGGCAAAUUCUUCCGAUCCCCUGUGGCCCGUCUGCAACGAAAUUGUAUUCUAUGAUUCGGAUUUCGGCUGGGCCACAGGUCCUGGUGCUGACCCAAUGGCCUCCUGGCUCCAAGCAACACCCGUGGCCAUUCGGAGCUUACUGCAAGGCAUCCAUACUCGAUGGCCGAGUAAUAAAUUGUAUGUUUCCGAGUUUGGCUUUGCGGAACCCUUUGAAAAUGAGAUAACGGACCCGUCGCAAAUAAAGGAAGACGUGGACCGAACGAACUACUUUCUUACGUACCUCGGUGAGAUGUUGCUAUCUAUACACGAUGAUGGAGUUCCGAUACAGGGCGCUUUCUCUUGGGCAAUGCUUGACAAUGCCGAAUGGGCUAGUGGGACGUCCGUCAAAUUCGGUAUACAGCACGUCAAUUACACGACACUAGAGCGAACGUACAAGCGUUCGGCGCUGUCCUUGACGGAAUUCUUUGGGUCGCACCUUCAAAACUAAGGUGAUGGGGCGUUAACGGUAGAGCCAGUCAGUUAUCGAGUGCGAAUCUAAGAACAGGAACAUGUUUCUUCUAUUGCUGUCUAAAAGCAACACAAAUAAAGACCAGUUUUCUAUAAAGCCUCCUAGACAGACGGUUUUAGAACGUCUAUACAUACCUUUUUUCACCAUUGCAGGUCACAAUCACAGCAG